AUGGCUGCUCUGUUAUUUGCAUUCUAUUUGUUUGACAUGACAUACGUUAAGGUUAAAGUUUAUCAUAAGACAGGAAAUGGGUUCAAAGGGAAAUUUAAACGUUUACCACGAGCACUCCGUAAUUUCAAGCCGGAGAGAGAUGUGUGUUUUUAUCUUUUCACUGAGCACAAUACUCAUCAAGGCCACAGGAUAUAUCCAGAAAAGCCAUCAAGUCUUUUUAUUUCUCAUUUUGACUUCAACAAAGAUGUCAAAAUACUUAUUCACGGAUGGAAAAAUACUGGGAAUUCAACAUUUGGCCGUAUUGUCAAGGAUGCUUACAUCAGCCAGAUGGGUGUGAACGUGAUCGUAGUUGAUUGGCACAAGUUGUCGAUACUUGCAUAUCACAGGUCGUGCAGACACAUGGACAUGGUCGCAGUUAGAGUCGCAAUUCUGUACGACUUCUUGCGACAGUACGUCGCACGACGUGCCAUCCACAUCAUCGGCCACAGUCUUGGAGCUCAUGUAGCAGGCAUCGCCGGGGAAGUUGUCCAGAGAGGAAAAAUAUACCGAAUUACAGGAUUAGACCCUGCGGGACCAAUGAUCAGCAAGAUCAGGACUCAUGGUCGGCUAGACAAGGAAGACGCAGAGUUUGUUGAUGUUAUACACACAAGUGGGUUCAUGUUGGGGUUCUACUCACCCCUGGGACACGCUGAUUUCUACCCCAACAAGGGAACCCCCAUACAACCUGGGUGUGGGGUGGACGUUGUGGGAAGAUGCAGCCAUAGAAGAUCGUACCACCUUUUUCAAGAGUCAAUAUUUAACAGUUCAGAGUUUAUGGCAUUACAAUGUCAGAACUGGAAACAUUUUGUGAAAAACAAAUGUUUCCCCACUUGGCAUCGGAUGGGAGAACAUAUCCAGUAUGGCCAGCUUUAUUGUGAUAGUCGAUUAUCUGAGUGUCUCGCACCGAAACUCUGGCAAUUCUCGUGUAAUCUCGACCGUCUCGCUACGAGACGCUUGGCACUCAAGCUACGACAAUGGUGCGUCUCGGAGCGAGACGCGGCGGCACUCAAAGGGAUAAAUCAGAUUUCACAAUAA